GGGCAGCGUACUCUCCUGGGCUCGAAGUGGGUAACAGGAGCCGGAGAAAGAAGGGGCCCGGCUAGGAGUUCAGCAGCAGCAACAAGAUUCCCUGAAAGAGGCCUUUUCAACUGGAAUGAAGAGUUUGAGGUCCAGGUUUAAGAAGGCAGAGAGCCAGGACUGGGGAAAGAACGACGAGAAGCUGCUGCAGGCUGUGGAGAGCAAUGACCCUGCCCGGGUCACAGCCUUGCUGGUUCGGAAGGGCCUGGUCCCCACCAAGCUGGACACGGAUGGCAAGUCUGCGUUCCACUUGGCUGCAAUGCGGGGAGCUGCAGCUUGCUUGGAAGCCAUGCUGGCCCACGGAGCCAACGUCAUGAGCACCGACGGCUCAGGUUAUAAUGCCCUGCACUUAGCUGCUAAGUAUGGGCACCCACAGUGUUUGAAACGGCUGCUUCAGGCAGCCUGCGUGGUGGACACCGUAGACGGCAGCGGGUGGACGGCUCUCCAUCACGCAGCUGCCGGUGGCUGUCUCUCCUGCUCUGAAAUGCUCUGCACCUUCAAAGCUCAUCUGAACCCCAGGGAUCGGUCGGGUGUGACACCCCUCAUUCUGGCCGCCCAGAUGAGCCACGCGGAACUGUGCCGCCUCCUGCUCCAGCACGGAGCGGCUGUGAAUGACCAGGACCAGCAGGGCAGAACAGCGUUGAUGUUGGCCUGUGAGGGAGCCAGCACGGAGACGGUGGAGGUGCUUUUGCGGGGCGGGGCCCGGCCCAGCCUCACCGACACCCUAGGCCACAACGCUGCUCACUAUGGAGCCCUCACGGGGGACGCCCUGGUCCUUCACUUAUUACAGGAUGCUGCCCAGCGCCAGUCCUUGGCCAGUGAAGAGGAAUCAGCUGAAAUAUCUUCUCAGACCUCUCUGACUAGCCAGCCAACUCCUAAGGAGAAGAGCACGGCCUCCAAGAAGAGGAAGGCUCCCUUGCCUCCUCCCUGUUUCCCUAUCCCGGAGGAUAAGGAGGCCUACGAAGAGAUCGUGAGGCUGCGGCAGGAGCGGGGUCAGCUCUUACAGAAGAUCCGGAGCCUGGAGCAGAAGCAGAAGCAACAGCCCCAGGACCCCGAAGACAGCUCCCUCCACACCCUGGAGAAACAGAUCAAAGAACUGCAGAAGCAGCUGGCGGACAAGCAGGAGGAGAAGGAGAGCCUAAGCAAGGAGUUAGAGACCCUCCAGAGCCGCUUAUCUUUGCUAGAGAAUGAGAAGGAGAACACCAGUUAUGAUGUGGACACCCUGCAGGACGAGGAAGGGGAAUUGCUGGACUUUCCAGGUGUUGAGCUGCCACUGUCCAAGAAGAGUCUGAGCCCCUCUGUCCAGGAGCUGCUGGUCUCCUUGCAGGGCCAGGUGGCCUCCCUGACCCAGCAGAACAAGGAACUGUUGGAGAAAAUCCAGGUCCUGGAGAAUUACGAGAAAGACGACAUGGACGUGGACCCGUCCGCCGACUUCAUCCCCAUAAUCCUCUAUGACUCUCUCAAGGCCGAAUUUGAACAGCUCCGGGACCAGCACGCGGAGGCCCGGCAAGCCUUGGAGCGCUGGGGUGCCGGGCAGGCAGAGCCGGGGGCGGGUCCCGCUCUCCAUCCCGGGCCCGCUGAGGUUUCGGAGCGGCCCCGGCUCGAAUUGGAGUCCCAGAUCCAGGGCCUGGAGAACCUCCUGAGGCAACGAGAGCGUGAGGCCGCGGCCGAGCUGGAGACGGCCCGGGGCCGGUGUGAGGCGGCAGAGGCGGAGGCCGAGAGCCUGCGCAAGCUAGUGCGGGAGGUCGCGGGGGUGCCUGGGGAUGACAUCCAGGAGCUGGGAGCUGCUCUGGAACGGGCCCGGGAAGACCUCCGGCUCCGGGACCUCCAACUACGGGAACUGGAGGUGCAAGGGGAGGGAGCCGCGGCCCUGCGGGCCUCUCUGGAGGCGGCCUCCGCCGAGAGGGACCGGCUGCAGGUGGCCGCCGAGGCGGCCCGGGGAGAGCGGAGGAGGCUGGAGGAGGAGGCCCAGGGCCUGCGGGAGCAGCUGGAGCGGCAGGAGGGCGAGCGGCAGGUGGCUCAGGCCCAGCUCCAGAAGCUGGAGGCAGAGGCGCAGCAGCGGCAGGAGGAGAUGAAUGCCCUGAAGGAGCAGCUGGCCUCAGCUUACGUCCCCCAGCGGGACCACCAGCAGGCUGUGGAGGCGCUUGGGCGGGCCCGGGACGCAGCAGAGAGCAGGGCCCGGGAGAUGGAGGAGCGGUGCGAGGAGGCCCGGCAGGGCCUUGCUCAGUUGAGGGAGGCAUCCGAGACAUACCGGCGGGCGUCCGUGCCCGCGGCCGAGCACUCCCGGGCCACGAGCGCCCUGGAGGACGAAGGCCGGGAGCUGAGAGCCCGGGUGCGGGAGCUGGAGCAGGAGCUGGUGGUCAAGGGCAAAGAGGCAGCCCGUCUGCAGGUGGAACUUGCCCGAGAGCGGGAGGGCAGCGUGGCCAAGACGGAGCACGAGCAGGUGACGGGCGCCCUGCGGGCGGAGGUGGACGCCCUGACCGGAAGGCUGGAGGAGCUGGGCCGGCGGCACGAGAAGACCAGUGCCGAGGUGUUCCAGGUGCAGCGGGAGGCCCUCUUCAUGAAGAGCGAGCGCCACGCUGCCGAGGCCCAGCUGGCCACCGCCCAGCAACAGCUGCGGGGCCUGAGGGCGGAGGUGGAGCACAGCCGCCAGAUGCAGAGCCGGGCCCAGGAGGCCCUGGAGCGGACCAAGGAGAAGGACCGGAAGAUCACGGAGCUGUCCAAAGAGGUUUUCAAUCUCAAGGAGUCUCUGAAGAGCCAGCCCCCGGCGCCCGCCCCAGAGCUGGGGGCUCUGCAGAGCCAGGUGACGGCACUGCAGCAACAGCUAGAGGAGGCGGAGCGUUGUCACGGUACCGUGGUGGCCCUGUAUCGCAGUCACUUGCUCUACGCCAUCCAGGGUCAGAUGGAUGAAGAUGUACAGAAGAUCCUGAGCCAGAUCCUGCAGAUGCAACGACUCCAGGCUCAGGGCCAUUGAGGGUGGGC